AUGGUUCCCUCUAUCAAGCUCAACUCCGGCGCCGAGAUGCCCCAGGUCGGCUUCGGCCUCUGGAAGGUCGACGGCGAGAUUGCCUCCGAUGUCGUCUACAACGCCAUCAAGGCCGGUUACCGUCUCUUCGAUGGUGCCUGCGACUACGGCAACGAGGCUGAGUGCGGCCAGGGUGUUGCCCGCGCCAUCAAGGAGGGCAUCGUCAAGCGCGAGGAGCUCUUCAUCGUCUCCAAGCUCUGGAACACCUUCCACGACGGCGACCGCGUCGAGCCCAUUGUCCGCAAGCAGCUCGCCGACUGGGGUGUCGACUACUUCGACCUCUACCUGAUCCACUUCCCCGUCGCCCUCGAGUACGUCGACCCCUCGGUCCGCUACCCUCCCGGCUGGCACUUUGACGGCAAGAGCGAGAUCCGCCCCUCCAAGGCCACCAUCCAGGAGACCUGGACCGCCAUGGAGUCUCUCGUCGAGAAGGGUCUCGCCAAGAGCAUCGGUGUCUCCAACUUCCAGGCCCAGCUCCUGUACGACCUCCUCCGCUACGCCAAGAUCCGCCCCGCCACCCUCCAGAUCGAGCACCACCCCUACCUCGUCCAGCAGAACCUCCUCAACCUCGCCAAGGCUGAGGGCAUCGCCGUGACCGCCUACUCCUCCUUCGGCCCUGCCUCGUUCCGCGAGUUCAACAUGGAGCACGCCCAGAAGCUCCAGCCCCUCCUCGAGGACCCCACCAUCAAGGCCAUCGGCGAGAAGUACAACAAGGACCCCGCCCAGGUCCUCCUCCGCUGGGCCACCCAGCGCGGCCUGGCCAUCAUCCCCAAGUCCAGCCGCGAGGCCACCAUGAAGUCCAACCUCAACUCGCUCGAUUUCGAUCUCUCCGAGGAGGACCUCAAGACCAUCUCUGGUUUCGACCGCGGCAUCCGCUUCAACCAGCCCACCAACUACUUCUCCGCUGAGAACCUCUGGAUCUUCGGUUAA